AUGCUAACCAGUACAGGGCAGCUCGGUUGGCCGCCGGCGGAACCAUUUCGUGGCCGUGGUGGCGCAAAUUAUCAAAUCGAAAGCGGACAAUCGCCGCCGUCGCCGUCGCCGGAAUCUCCUUUUUCCUUCUCAUUUUCUCGCCAAUAUCGUUGUUUGGAUGGGAGUGUGCUGGCUGUCGUGCGAGGAGGGGAUUUGGAUCUGGCUCUGAUGACUGGCUUCUUCACGUUGAGUGUUUCCCCUUCACUGGUUAACUUACAGUCGGACAUCUUUCUGAGAACUCAUCUUACUGAUGAUUGUGUGGAACAUCAAGUCCAGUUUUUAGGAAUUUUGAGCCAUGACCCUCUUCAGAAUCCUGGUAUGUUAUUCAUUGUUGGCGAUAUCCUAAUUUUGUUCUUUAACCUUAAUAUUACUUUUGUGUUUGGUUGGAAACAAAUGGCUGUGUAUUGGAUUACUAUCUCCUCAAUGAACUCCAAAGUUGAUUUUUCACUUCUUGUGUUAAGUUGUGAUUUUUUCAUCUUCAGACUUUUCAACUGGAACAAGGUGAAAAUACGUUGUUGUGAUGGAUCCUCAUUUUCUAGUCACCCUGACUAUGAGUAUAAAGUAAUCCUGAAGAAGUUGAAAUCUUUGUGCACUUCUUUACGAAGCUUGUGCAAGACAAUGAAAUAA